AUGAGCACCACAGUAACCCCAUUCGUCUGCCUCGAGACCUUCCGCCCUGACAACACAACAUCCUGCCUGCGCUACGACAAAGUAAAGCGCUGUGUCAAAGAGGGAACCGCAAACAACAUCCCCUUCCUCUGCGUCGGCCAAGAUACCAUCUCCAUCGGUGGAGGUGGACCCGUCAAUCCUGUGCCACUCAAUCUGACAUCGAGCGUCUUCCUGUGCAACCUGGCCGCUUGCCCUAAUGCUGCCCCCGCCAAGGAGGCCAAGCCUGAUAAAAAGGGCAGCAGCAAUACCAGCAAUACCAGCACUGCGUCGUCAGUCAAGUCGAUCUCCCUCUCCGGAGUCUUUGUCCUCGCUCUGGUCAUCUCCCAGGCUAUUUUAUUUUAA